AACCCAGGACGGGCGAUGUCUGUUUUGUUGAGGACUCUCAGUCGGUCGGGUCGUUAUGCCAGACGGAGUGAAGCUGAGCUGCAGUCCCUAAUGAACAUCAGCAGCAAACCAGCUAAAGAUGAGAUCGGAGCGGCCAAGUCCAUCUUCACCAUUAUGGUCUUCACAGUAACGCUGCUGGGCCCAGCCGGUUGGAUUUUAUAUCACCUGCCGGACUACAAGACGCGUCCUCCGCUGGACUGAAGCCCCUUACAGUCACCUCAGUGGAAAAGAAAAGCAGAAAAAGAAAAGUGCAGCUGUAAAAUUGCAGGAAUAAAGUGAAGU